AUGACCCUGUCUAAUUCCGCGCAGUUCGACAUUUUCGAGAGUAACUGUGCAAUUAUGUUGACAAAAGUUUGCUGUCUUGGAGCAGGUUAUGUUGGUGGAUCCACAUUGUCAAUUAUAGCCCAUUACUGUCCAGAACUACAAGUCACUGUUGUUGACACAUCCGUUGAACAAAUUAAUUUGUGGAACUCAGAUACACUUCCAAUAUACGAGCCAGGACUGGAUGAAAUUGUUAAGUUACAUCGUGGAAAGAAUUUACACUUUUCCUCAGAUAUCGACAAAGCAAUAGAUGAAGCGGAUAUGAUUUUUAUUUCCGUGAAUACGCCUACAAAAAGUUGGGGUCUUGGAAAGGGUCGAGCAACUGACCUGACUAAUUUAGAAGCUGCCGCCCGACGUAUAGCUAAAGUCUGUCGACGACCAAAAGUGAUAGUAGAAAAAAGUACAGUACCAGUCAAAGCAGCAGAAACGACAGGUGCAAUUAUUCAUUUUGAAGCGAAAUUGCAUCAAAAUAACUUCAGUUAUUCAGUUAAUGGUGAUGAGUGUAAUGGUGAUCUGAAAAAGAAAUGUAGAUUAACUGAAUUCGUCGUACUAUCCAAUCCAGAAUUUUUGGCUGAAGGUACCGCUGUCAAUGAUCUGUGUAAUCCAGAUCGAAUUUUAAUUGGUGGUGAUUCACACUCAACAUCUGGUAAAUUAGCCAUUGAAAUGCUACGUUGGAUAUACUUACAUUGGGUACCUCAAGAACGUAUACUAAUCACAUCUACAUGGUCAUCUGAAUUAUCUAAACUGGCUGCCAAUGCUUUUCUUGCCCAACGUAUUAGUAGUAUAAAUGCAAUUUCAGCUAUUUGUGAACAGACAAAUGCAGAUAUUAAAGAAGUUUCAAAAGCUAUCGGUACAGAUCAUCGAAUUGGAGCAUAUUUCCUAAAUGCUAGUCUCGGAUUUGGUGGUAGCUGUUUUCGUAAGGAUAUUUUAAGCUUGGUGUACAUAUCAGAGACAUUAAAUCUACCAGAAAUUGCUUCUUACUGGUAUUCUGUACUACAAAUGAAUGAUUAUCAAACUGAAAGAUUUACGCGUAAUGUUAUCGAAAAAUUGCAUAAUACUUUAAAAGGAAAGCGAAUCGCAAUAUUCGGUUUCACAUUCAAGGCGGAUACACACGAUACAAGAGAUAGUCCUGUGAUACUAGUCUGUAAUCAGCUACUACAAGAACAAGCUGAACUUGCUAUCUAUGAUCCCAAAGCCUAUCAUAAACAAAUUCAGUCAGAUUUACUAGUCUGUAAUAGUAAAGAUACAAUCAAUAGAUUAGUCCAUGUAUGUUCCACUCCAGAAGAGGCGGUAACUGAUGCCUAUGCCAUCCUUAUAUGCACAGAUUGGAAAUGUUUUCAUGAGUAUAACUAUGAAGAGUUUUAUCGCCUUAUGGGUAAACCAGCAAGAAUAUUUGAUGGACGCCUUAUGUUAAAUCAUAAACACUUGGCACAAAUUGGCUUUAUUGUUGAAGCUAUAGGUGUUGCAUCUGAAAGCUUUUCAAUAAAUGGUUAUUCUGUAAAAUAA